AUGGUGAACGAUUUGCGAUUAAGCUAUAUCUCUUAUUGUAGGUCUGAGUACGUGAAAGACGAUUUCCGCUUCAAAAAUCCACGUGGGGUGUUGAAGAUUUGGGCUGAGCGCGAGUUUAUGAAUUUGACAAGGUGUCUUCGACUUAUUUUUUUUAGAAUGUCUCGAGUCGGUAUACCCUGUCCUGUUCCGGUGAAACUGAAGCGCCAUUUGCUUGUUAUGUCGUUAAUUGGUGAGAACGGCGAAGCAGCUCCCCGUCUCAAAAACAUAGACUGGGACUUUUAUACCGUCGAAGAGCGGAAAGACAUCUUCUCGCAAGUGCAAGAUGUAUGUGCAUUUUUUUGA